AUGGUUAGAGCUGAUGCAUCCGUUAGCAUCAAGGUGCUCCUGAAUGCCACGGCAGCACACUUUGGGUUUAGGCCGACUUACCGGAGGGUCUGGAUGGCAAAGCAGAAGGCUAUUGCCCUUAUCUACGGUGACUGGGAUGAGUCAUACAAUGAGCUGCCUAGGUGGGUUUUGGGAGUCCAGUUGACGAUGCCUGGAACUGUUGCAGUCCUAAGGACUAGCCCCGUUCGAGUUGGAGGGCAGGUAGACGAUUCUCAAUGUUAUUUUCACAGGCUUUUCUGGACGUUUCCACCUUGCAUCGAGGCAUUCCGCCAUUGCAAGCCGCUAAUCAGCAUCGACGGCACCCAUCUGUAUGGCAAGUACGGGGGAACGUUGCUCAUCGCAAUUGCACAGGACGGGAACUCCAACAUUCUACCUGUUGCAUUCGCACUAGUAGAGGGUGAGAAUGCUGAGUCCUGGACAUUCUUUCUCUCCCACCUUCGUCAGCACGUGACACCGCAGCCCGGUCUGCUGGUUAUAUCAGACAGGCAUAACGGCAUCAAGGUUGCGCUAGAGGCUCCUGAUGGAGGUUGGUUACCUCCAUCUGCAUACCGCGCAUUCUACAUUCGACACGUAGCUGCUAAUUUUGCCCUAACCUUCAAGGGAAAAGAUGCACGGAGGCUUCUUGUGAAUGCGGCGUAUGCCAAGACCGAGGUUGAGUUUGAUUACUGGUUUGAUAUACUGCGGUCUGAAGACCCGGCGAUGUGUGAGUGGGCGAACCUGAUUGAUUAUUCAUUGUGGACUCAGCAUCGUGAUGAGGGUCAGAGAUUCGGUCACAUGACGACGAAUAUCUCGGAAUGUGUGAACUCAAUCCUCAAGGGUGUCAGAAACCUUCAUGUAUCCUCACUAGUCAAGGCAACAUACGGAAGGCUUGCCGAACUAUUUGUUCGCAAGGGGAGAGAGGCUGAGGCCCAGAAGGGAACCGGACAACAAUUCAGUCAACACUUGGUAAAGUGUAUUGAGGCAAAUCUGAAGACGGCGAGGUGCUUCACGGUGACUUUGUAUGACAGGGAUAACUCGGAGUUCACCGUGGCAGAAACCACUCCGACUGGUUCCUUCUCAUUGGGUAGCUACAGAGUAUCGCUUGCCUAUCGGACAUGUGACUGCAGCUACUUUCAGGCGCUUCAUUUUCCAUGUCAGCACGCGCUUGCAUGUUGUGCCUACUCACGAGUAAACUGGACUACUUAUGUUCACAGCGUGUACCAGAUUAGUUCAGUCUUCAGUGUGUAUCGGAUGGGAUUUACCCCUCCAUUCCAGAGGGUAUCUGGCCACCAUACGACGGGCCUACUGUCAUACCGGACCCUGACAAGAGGCGUGCGAGAGAGGGUCGUCCGAGGUCCACCAGGAUACGACCAAAUAUGGACGAGGCAGAUCUGA